AUUUAUGACAGGCUGACCUCAGUGAACAGAUGAACUAGGGCCAAGGUCUCAUACCAAGCAGGAGGCAUGACUCUCUCAGUCUUAAACGUGGCUUUAAAAGUGCUGGAAAGCAGAGCUUUCUAGACGAGCUGUUGACUGUUUCAGACUCAUACAGGCUGAGCAGUGAAGCGGUGAGUGAACAGUGAUUCCAGCCAGCAGAUAAACCUCUGAGGAGAGGAAGGACUUCCCACAUGGACUCCAACAGUGCCGGCAGCGUGCAAUAUGAUCGCUGGAACGAGGACAACAUCAACAUGAACGUAGAGGCAUCACAGUCUACUGUGAUGAGAAUCUACAACAGAAUGUGUACCGGCAGCACUGGAAUAGCAGUGAAGGCAGCAGGAGCUUUGGCUGCACUGGUGUCCAUUUACAUCAUAGGAUACGUGACAGGAUACUACGUCCAUAGGUGCUGAUGGUGGAGCCCUGCUCAGAAAGAAAAGAGCUCUGAGAUUCUGGAUAAGCCUCAAGUUAAAAAAGUUUUGUAAAUACAAAUCCCUAAAAAAGAGCACAAUGACAUAUUUUUAUGUUGAAAUCAAUUGUGAUUCAGAAGCUUUAAUUUAAGAUUUAAUAUAUAGAACAUUGGGGUGUGAUCGUGUGUCUUUCAUUAACCUCAUAUCAUACUGAUACAUGAAAAAUGAAGGUUAUAUUAAAGUUUGUAAAUGCUGAUUUUAUUAUUUUGUCCUAAUAAAACUGCAGUAUUGCAACCAUG